GGCGUGGAGCCUGUCCUUUUCCUGUGCUGUUAACUUGAGUGAAGCGGCGUUUCAGUCCGUCCAACUCAAUCUACAGCCAUCGACCGGUACCGAGCGCCGAGAUGACCGAGCAGAUGACCGUGAGAGGGACCCUGAAGGGCCACAACGGCUGGGUGACCCAGAUCGCCACGACCCCGCAGUUUCCAGACAUGAUUCUGUCCGCGUCCCGAGAUAAGACCGUCAUCAUGUGGAAACUCACCCGUGAUGAGACCAACUACGGUAUUCCUCAGCGAGCCCUGCGCGGACACUCACACUUCGUGAGCGAUGUGGUCAUCUCAUCAGAUGGUCAGUUUGCGCUGUCCGGCUCUUGGGACGGGACGCUGCGUCUGUGGGACCUCACCACUGGAACCACGACCCGUCGUUUUGUGGGCCACACCAAAGAUGUGCUGAGCGUGGCGUUCUCCGCUGAUAACCGUCAGAUCGUGUCCGGCUCUCGGGACAAGACCAUCAAGCUGUGGAACACCCUGGGCGUCUGCAAGUACACCAUCCAGGACGAGAGUCACACCGAGUGGGUGUCCUGUGUCCGGUUCUCCCCGAACAGCAGUAACCCCAUUAUCGUCUCCUGCGGCUGGGACAAGAUGGUGAAGGUGUGGAAUCUGGCCAACUGCAAGCUGAAGACCAAUCACAUCGGUCACACAGGAUUCCUGAACACCGUCACGGUGUCCCCCGAUGGUUCCCUCUGUGCAUCUGGAGGAAAGGAUGGACAGGCCAUGCUUUGGGAUCUAAACGAAGGCAAGCAUCUCUACACGCUGGACGGUGGUGACGUGAUCAACGCUCUCUGCUUCAGUCCCAACAGAUACUGGCUGUGUGCUGCCACUGGGCCGAGCAUCAAGAUCUGGGAUUUGGAGGGAAAGAUCAUUGUGGAUGAACUCAGACAGGAAGUCAUCACCACUAACAGCAAGGCUGAGCCGCCCCAGUGCACAUCUUUGGCCUGGUCUGCUGAUGGACAGACUCUCUUUGCUGGAUACACAGACAACCUGAUCAGAGUUUGGCAGGUGACCGUCGGAACCCGAUAAAGAUGUCAAUUCCAAGAGCAGAAUACAACAUGGAAAACUUUGAUAACAAAUAAAUGAUGAAAUGAUGAAAGGGACCCUGUUCUUGUUUUUCUUUUGUGUUAAUACCGGCAGUUUGUUGUACUAAAUGAGUGCAAUUCAGCUGUUCUCUUUGUUAUAAUAAACAACAUUAUAUUACUCAUGAUUUCAUGCCAUAUUGAUCUACUUGAUGAGGCUGUUUUAUGAGGGACUUUUUGUUGAACAGUUUAAUUGGGUAAAAAGGAAAGGCUGGAUUCUGUUAAUACUUCAGCAACUAUAGGAUGCAUCUUGUUUAUGUUUGAAUGAGCAAAGCAUUGACAAUUUCAGAUACUUUCUGUCUGAUUGUUUCUUGCAUAAAUUGUUGCUGAUUUUUCUGAGUUAAAGAUAUAAGUGUUUUUGUUCAGUGCUAUAAAAUCACACCAUGACACAC